AUGGACAGCCUCACAGCCCAGUUCGGCGCGCAGAUGAACAUGCUGGACGUCGAGCACGCUGCCCGCGCCCAUGUCAACAUGGACGAUCUGGCGAGCGCGUUCGAGUCUUACCGUGUCACCGCAGACUUGCCGCCGACAGCCCGCCACAUGGGUCCCAACACCAAACACCACCAGCUCGUUGUCGUAUUCCCCUGCUUCGACCUCAUGCCUCAGGGGGCUGACAUCGCACUCGAAGUCCCUUGCAACGCAGCGCAACGUGAGCCGCCGAAGAAAGGCGCCUUCUUCGAGCACAAUUUCCCGGAUGUGAUGGUGAGGCUGCCAACUCGUGCCGAUGUUGCUCAUGCUGCGAUACCUACAUUUGAGCGAAAGAAUCUUCUCGAGUCGAUGGUGGAGCGCUUGACGCUCGCGCCUGGUUUCAGCACGCUGAAUGUCGUUUCUUACUUUGCCACUGACCUGCAGACUACGCCCAUGUAUCGCUUCCAACUCAAGACCCGUUGGGUGACCUCCUCGCCGAAUCCACUCUUCGAAGAAGAAGUUCAAUCGAUUGAAGUCAGUGCAGCAGAGUGGAGCGAGAUCCGAACUCAAGGCGCGCAAGUCAGCUGGGUGAAGCUCCUCGAGUCGCAUGUCAACCGUGCAACGGACUUCUCGUACCUUCGUGUACUUGAGCGCGUCAAGAAGCACGAUCCCGAAGUGGCACACUUCGAUACCAGCGGGUGCGACACUCUCUUUGAUAGCGCGCCACUUCAGUCCAUCAACAACGUUCUGAGGAUUCGAAUGAGCGCAAAAGGAGUUCGCCGUACCAUGAUUGACGACGAGCAAGAUAUCUUCGAGCUCCCAUGUGGUCAUCAAUUCAUGUGCAAUGAGACUCACCUGAUGUGCGCGAUGUCGGAAGAAGACUGUCUGGCCGCGAAAUGCCCACAGUGCGAGCAGAAGAUUUUACACAGCGAUACUGACUUUGUUCGCGUCGCCAUCGUGCACGACCGUCGUGCUCGUGAUUAUUACAAGCGUGAACGAGAGUGGUGGAAGCUAGCGACCGCACGUUUCAAGCAGGAGGUCAUCCUCAGUCCAAGCUCACAUGCCACCAGAUUCUCGAUCAAGUGCAAAGACUUUCGCACAGCGAUCGUGAACGCUAGGAAAUCCUUUCGCGUGCCUGCCACAGCCAUGCCCAACGAGAUCAACUUCGCAGAGUAUCCCGAAACGAUCGUGAUCUGCGACAGGUUGGUGCAGAACCUAUCGCACGACUUCCAGAGCAUGACUGUACUGGGCCGCAGCACCAUGGGCCUACUCAUCAACUUCGCAACCCAGGUGCUGAAAGAGUAUACUGGUGUGCAAGACGCCGCAGACAUCUGGACUGUGAUGCCCCCGAAGUACCGCGGUUUUGUGCUUGCGUGGUUCUACAGAACCCUCGUAUUGGCCUAUUACAUGGUCAAGAAGAGCGAGCAGCAGUUGGGCCAGAUGGCAGAGGACCUGUUCGUUGAGAAACCCGACGACAGUAUCAAGCUGGGCUACAAGCUUGACUCCGCGGUCAUGGGUAAGCGCCGCAAGAGCAUGGCUGUGCAUGGCACUUUUGGCAACGUCCCGCUGCAGAAGGCGAGGAUCCCUUACCAUCCUCAACCAAGCGACUGGCAGAAGCAGGAGCGAGUGUUGAUGUAG